AGGGUACUCUUGCAGAGAGAAUCAGGGCAGGAGGAGCUGGGGUUCCAGCCUUCUUCACUGCUACUGGCUAUGGUACUCUUAUCCAAGAGGGUGGCUCUCCUAUCAAGUACAACAAAGAUGGUAGCAUUGCCAUUGCCAGUGAAAAGAGAGAGGUGAGGGAGUUUGGUGGCAGGCACUACGUCAUGGAGAAAGCCAUCACUGGAGAUUUUGCACUGAUCAAAGCUUGGAAAGCUGACAAGGCCGGGAACAUUGUUUUCAGGAAAACAGCUAGGAACUUCAACCAGCCCAUGUGCAAGGCAGCCAAAACCACAAUAGUUGAGGUGGAAGAGGUGGUGGAUGUCGGGGCUUUUGCUGCAGAGGAUAUCCACAUACCCAGCAUCUAUGUCCACAGGGUUGUCCAGGGCGCCAGUUGUGAAAAAAGGAUUGAGAAACGCACAGUAAGGAAAAGCCAAGAAGAGAAGCCCAAGCCAAAGAAGGAAUCUGACAUUGUUCGAGAGAGGAUCAUUCGCAGGGCUGCUCUGGAAUUUGAGGAUGGCAUGUAUGCUAACCUUGGUAUUGGUAUCCCCAUGAUGGCCAGCAACUUUAUAAAACCAGACAUCACUGUACACCUCCAGAGUGAAAAUGGGAUUCUGGGGCUGGGUCCCUACCCCACUGAGGAUGCAGUAGACGCAGACCUGAUUAAUGCUGGGAAGGAGACUGUCACUGUGCUCCCUGGGGCAGCGUAUUUCUCCAGUGAUGACUCAUUUGCUAUGAUCCGAGGGUAAGUCCAUAACACACAAGCUUUUCAAAACUUAUUUGUUGAAUUCAAGUAAGAUAUGCCUAACAGUGGUGGACUUUAAUGUAAGUCCCUUAAAAAUUAUUGAGUCACUUAUAGCUUGGAGGUAUACAUAAAGUGAGACCUUUAAAAACAG